AUGAUAUUAAUUAAAUAUCAAGCACCUAGUCCUGGUGAAGUAACAGUUGCGGAAAUUGAUGGACGACUACCCCCGGAUCCCAAUAUUGAAGUUUAUGUUCGUGCUGAAGGUGUGCUGUUUCCACAACUACAAAUUCCGAACAAUCUUAAAAGCCCGGAAACACUUCAUCAGAGUAGACGAGUGAUUGUUCAAAAUUUACCGCCACGAAAUGUUCUGAGUAAGACCGCUCAAAGAACUAAAGAUUUUAUUGAAGCCAUGAUUAGCGAUUUUGCUGGAACACUCAUCGAUGCUCUUCCAAGUUGUUUAUCUAAUUCAAUUUUUGAUGCGAAUACUACUCACCAUAUGCAAUUAUUACACGAUAUAAAAAAUCAAUAUCCUUCAAAAAUACUUGCGUGGCAUCCGUAUAUUUCACUCUUUGCAAUAGCACAUAAUGUAGAUGUAAUUUUCUUGUAUGAUUUACGUGUGGAAGCCUGGUUUCCAGAAGUUUUAGAAACUACACUACAAAAAGACAUAACAUGUAUGGCUUGGAAACCUUUAGGUGGAAAUAUUUUGGCCACUGCUUGUUGGACGGCAGAUGGUCGUGCUUUGUUCUUAUCGUUUUAUGAAGACAAAUGUAUUCGUUGUCUCUCAAUAUCUCCAAAUCUGGAUGACGAAUGGUUUCCUAAGGAAGAUAUUGCUGAAAAAACAAUCGAGCAAUUAUCUAUUGAUCCAACUGGUGAGCGACUUGCCGUAUGCUUCAAAGAUACAGCAUUACUAGCAAUCUUUCAUGCGAGAAGACCAACCCAAGUUUCUAGAGGUUCUAGUCUUUUGAAUGUCCAAGGAAUUGUUAGAGGACCAUCUUGGAACGAUCUUUCCGAUCCAGUUUGGUCUGUAUUAUUAUAUUUAUAUUCGGUAUGCACGACAAAGUUAGAGUGGUUUACUGACAUUAUUGAUUUGAAGGUGUGGGAGGACGGUCAAAUAUCCUUUUUGCCGUUCCUUUUUCGUACUAUUGGUAAGUGA